AUGAGCCCCUCGGUGGCGGUGGCUGACCGGCGCGUCGGGGCGCCGGCGGACGACGGAGUGGUGGGGACAGCAGACGAUGGUGGGCUGCGGACGACGACAAGCUGGGGACGAUGGACGACGGGCACGGUCGACGGCGGCGGGCUUGGCAUGGUGGACGACGACGGGCUGGGGGCGGUGGACGGUGGUGGGCUGUGGGCGGUGCACGGUGGCGGGCUAGCCAUGGUCGACGGCGGUGGGCUGGGCACGGUGGCUGGGGGCGGCGGUGUCCUGGAGCGACUAGAGCGGCGGUGUGUGGAGAAUAAAAGAAAUGAGUCCAUUGAUUUGCUGCUGUACAGUGAUCUCAGGAAUAACAAUCUCAACGGCGAUCUUCCAUAUCAGCUUCCACCAAACGUGGUUGAAUUAAAUCUUUACGGAAACUCUUUAACUGGAGGAGUUCCUUAUUCGAUAUCUCAGAUGGGUGAUCUGGAAACACUAAAUUUGGGCAAGAACCACCUAAGCGGGCAGUUGACGGAUAUGUUUUCACAACUUCCAAAGCUCUCAACAUUGGAUCUCUCCUUCAACCGCUUCUCAGGCAGCCUGCCCAAGAGUUUUCAGCACCUAAAAGACCUCAAGACGCUGAAUGUGGAGAGCAACCAAUUCAGUGGUCAUAUAGAUGUUCUAGCGAAACUUCCUCUCGAGGAUCUGUAAGUAUAUCUCAAAUUAAAUACUCACUGCAUAAAACUACUCUUUUUCUCAAGUACAUUAAAAAGCAAGAUUAUCCUGACGACUCCAUAUAUGCAUUGCGGUGCCUCGGCACAGCAGUACAACAUAAAUAAUUCUGUGAAAAAAUGCGAGCUAAAAAAUGUG